UCGAGGUUAUAAUAAAACAUCGAGUUCAAAAAUGUCCACAUGUUCGUGUAAAAAUCAUGUAAUAUUUGAAGUUUAAUGAAUCGAAAUUUUUUUAGACUUAUUGGUAAUCGUUUUGGUAAAGUAAAAAAACUUCAACGAUGUUCCUGUCAUCCGAUGAAGAAGAUUUAAUAAUUGGAAGUUCAACAAAAUUACUUAAAAUUAACGUAAAUACUAAAAGUAUUUCAAGUAUAAAUAUAAGCGAAAAUAUCGAUAAAAUUGAAGUUAAAAAUCCAUUACCUUUAAAAAUCAAUUGUUUGGAUUUUAAAGAUAAACAUUUAGCUGUAUGUACAAAUACAAAAAAUUUACUUUUAUACGAUCCCCAAUUAAAAUUAUUAAAUAAAUGGUUAACAAAUCGUAGUCCUAGUCAGUUAUGUUUUGUAAAUACGAUCGAAAUUAUUUUAGCUGAUAAAACUGGUGAUGUUUACGUUUAUAAACGAAAUGAACCAAAACCAAUAUUAUUACUCGGCCAUUUAAGUAUGAUUUUAGACGUUAAACUUUCAUUAUGUGGAAAAUAUGUAUUAACCGGUGAUCGUGAUGAGAAAAUUCGUGUAUCUUGUUUUCCAAAUGCAUAUAAUAUUAAAAGUUAUUGUUUAGGACAUGAGGAAUUUGUUACAAUAAUAAAAGUAUUAGAUUCAAAAACAAUUUUAACUGCGUCUGGUGAUGGUACUAUUCGAUUUUGGAAUUUUAUCGAUGGUGAAGAAAUUUAUCAAAUCAAUUGUAAUAACCAUAUAACGGAUAAAAAAAAAAUCGAUUCGUUUUCAUCGGAAAUGCGUUUAGUUAAUGUAAAUACUAAUUCGUUACCAAUCACGAAUAUUUCGAUACGUAUAGUUAAUGAAUGUGAAAUGCAUAUUGCUGUAACUUUGCAUGAAUCAAAUGAUUUGUUAAUUUUUAACGUUAAACGAAAUGAUUCAAACUUUCAAAGUAAUAAAUUACAGACGUUAAUAAUUCCAAAUACUAAAAUGUUAUACUUUUUUAAAGAUAAAUUGAUUGUUUUUAUCAAUUGUAAAAUUUCUAUUUAUUCAUUUGAUACAAAAACGAAUUGUUACAAUGAAAUUCAAAGUAAUUUAAGUAAUUUAAUUCAGGAUAACAUUGAAUUCGAGAAUAAUUGCGAUGACAAAGAUGAUAAUAUUACUUUAUUAUUUAAAAAAAGCUUUGAUAAUUUACAAGAUUAUCAAGAACGAAAAAAAUUACGAAUUGAUGAUACUAACAGAUAAUAAUUUUUAAGUUUUGUUAACUGUUAUUAGAAUUAAGGAAAAA